UAUAGAACGUAACCCAUCCUACACAAAUAUUCAAUUCAUAGUUUUUUAGGAAAUUGUCAAAUAAUUUUCUUCAAAAUUUCCUCUAGAACUUUUUUGCCCAUAAUUAAUUGACAAGAGAAAAGGAAAAUAGAGAUUGCAUCAUCACACACAUAUAUUUUCUAUAUAUAAAAACCUGAGCGCCUGCCACAGAUUUUACUGUUCCUUGUUGUUCAGCCUACACAAAGAACACACAGUGAUGCAUGGUUUUUCUCAGAAUUUCAGCUCGUUAAUUGACUUUAUUUAGAUGCUAGAGUUGUUGAAUUUCAGUUGGGGUUUUGGAUUUGAGUCCGCUAUUCCCCUCUGGAUCUCUUUCCCAUAUUUCCAAAUCGAUCUCACAUCUGGAUUGCUUAACUUUUAAUUUCGGGUUUCUUAAAGUCGAAAAUUCGUUGCUAGGGUUUUUCCUUUACUUCUCCUUGAGACCAGAUUGAGAAGUUCAAUUAGGAUUCUUUUCGCGGAAGGAUUUUUUUUUAUUGAAUAAAUAAAUUAAGAGAAGAAUUUUAAAGACGCUACUUUCUAGUUUCCCCUUUUCGAGAUUUAGGGUUUUGUUUUUUGCAUGUUCCGAGCGUAGAAUUUGAGCGAAUUCACCUUUUUUGGGCGUAAUUUGAAUUUGUGGGGUUCUGCCCUAUUGCGUUUCGGAAUCUAGCCAUGGCGUCGUAUAGGCCGUUCCAUCCACCGCCGCAGUCAACGUUUGCUCCGCCACCACCGCCUCCACCGCCGUCGAAUCAGAACCCGCUGCAGCCUCCAGCAGCUGCGGCGCCGCCUCCGCCGCCGCCACCGCGAGGCGGCAGUCAGUAUUCGCAGAAUUGGGGUCCUUACAGCGGCGGCGAUGGCUCAAAUUACAAUUACCAGCUUCCAGGUUAUGGAUCAUCGUCAUCACAGCAGCAGCAGCAGCAGCAGCAGCAGCAUUUUAACCCUCCGGCGAGAAGCCAGCUCCCCCCGGCCCAUCAACAGCAGCCGUUUCAAUUUCCGCCUCCGCCCCCUCCACCGGAGUCAUCUUCUUACCCGCCCCCGCCUCCACCGCUGCAGUCUGCCUCAGCAUCUGCAAUGUACUAUCCAUCAUCUCAGUAUUCACAGUUUAAUCAGCCUCCAUCUAUGCAGCCACCACCUCCACCGCCUCCUCCUUCAUCUCCUCCUCCUCCACCACCUCCACUACAGCCCUUAUCGCCUCCACCAUUACCUUCUUCGCUGCCUCUUUCCGCCGGUGUGAGCAGGGAGAGUAGGCAACCCAAUCCUGCAGCGUCAUCUAGGAAGGAGCAGAAGCCUCCAUUGAGUAAUAAAAGACCAGGCGGGCGGGUUGAGACGGAGGAGGAGAGAAGGUUGAGAAAGAAGAGGGAAUUUGAGAAGCAGAAGCAAGAGGAGAAACUCAAGCAGCAUCUUCGAGAGUCACAGAAUAAAGUGCUGCAGAAGACCCAAAUGCUGGCCUCUGGAACCAAGGGCCACGGAUCGAUUAGUGGAUCACAUAUGGGUGACAGAAGGAGCACUCCAUUGUUAGGUGGUGAUAGAAUUGAAAACCGCCUGAAGAAACCAACAACCUUCCUCUGCAAGUUGAAGUUUCGGAACGAACUGCCUGAUCCAUCUGCAAAGAUGAAGCUUUUGUCAUUGAAAAGAGACCCAGAUAGAUACUGUAAAUAUCAAAUCACAUCGUUGGAGAAGAAUUGGAAACCUCAGCUACAUGUUGAACCUGAUCUUGGGAUACCGCUGGACCUUCUUGACCUGAGUGUAUACAAUCCUCCCAAGGGUGAAAGGAUACCCCUCGAUCCUGAGGAUGAGGAGUUGUUGCGUGAUGAUGAUCCUAUAACCCCAAUUAAGACUGAUGGCAUUAAAAAGAAAGAAAGGCCUACGGACAAAGGUGUCUCUUGGCUUGUUAAAACCCAGUACAUAUCGCCUCUCAGUGUUGAGUCCACUAAGCAGUCUUUGACUGAAAAACAAGCAAAAGAAUUGCGAGAAUCUCGUGGUCGGAGCCUCUUGGAGAACCUCAACAGUAGGGAUAGGAAAAUUCAGGAUAUUGUUGCGUCUUUUGAAGCGUGCAAGACCAAGCCUGUUCAUGCAGUUAAUCGUCAUCUACAUCCAAGAAGGAUCCUCCCGCUUGUACCUGAUUUUGACAGGUACGAUGACCACUUCGUGGUUGCAACUUUUGAUAGUGCUCCAACUGUGGAUUCAGAAAUCUACAGAAAACUGAGUGCAGCUGAUCGUGAUGAGUACGAACAGAAAGCAAUCAUGAAAAGUUAUGCGUCAACAAGCACGGAUUCAGAAAGACCUGAUGGAUUCUUAGCGUAUAUGGUACCAUCAGUAGAUGAGAUAGAGAAGGAUAUAUACGAUGAAACUGAAGAUAUCUCAUAUUCAUGGGUCCGCGAGUAUCACUAUGAUGUGCGAGGCGACGACGUGGAUGAUCCCACAACGUAUGUUGUGUCGUUUGGCGAUACAGAAGCCAGAUACUUGCCCCUUCCGAAGAAGCUAAUCCUAAGGAAAAAGCGUGCAAGAGAGGGAAAAUCAACGGAGGAGGUGGAACAAUUCCCAGUGCCUAGAUCAGUAACAGUAAGGAGGCGAACCGAUGUUGCUAUCAAAGUCUUGACAGAAGAAGAGGAUUAUGUACCAUCAAAGGGUAAUCUAACAUCGAGAAGUGGAAGGGGUGGCAGCAUGGAUAGGGGCCCUGGCCGGUUGCGUAGGAUGAGUAGUCAGGACAUGGAACCCGACAAUUACAGCGGCGCCGAGGAUGAUUUGUCUGAAUAGUUGCUCUUGAUCAGAACAGAGGGGAGGAAGAACAUGAUUGCCCCAGUUUGGGCUCUCUUUUCUUAUGGGAAUCACAUUAAUAUUUUUCUUUUUGCCUAUCUCUGGUAAAUUAAACUACAGUGCUCUUUAAAUAUCAAAGAAAGGAAAACUACAUUGCUUGCACGAUAUUAUCCUUUGAUCAAACUUCAUUGCUCACAAAAAAACUAUAAAGAUGCAAUCAAGCGUGGUUCACAUGAUUUCUUACGAAAGGAAAGCAGAAUCCAACUUAUUCCAUGUAAGUAUUUUUAGUUCUAUGCUUCAGAUAUAUUUACUCCCUCAUUGCCAGAGGCUCCAACUUGAGGCAAAUCUUGUGUUUCUGCAGUGUCAGGGGGUUGAGAUUCUAGCUUUGCAGCUGCUUGCAGCACCCGGUUUUGGACUUCCGACGAUGAGGGCGACAUUGGGAGUCCGUUCCGAUUCGUCUCCAGCUUCCCGGCAGCCCAUGAAAUUGCUUGACCCCCGAGUGUGACUGGAGCUAGCAGGGACCUAUGGUAGUAGUAGGUUUUUUUACAGUAUAGAAACCAAAAAUUACGUGUCGAGUGUAUGUUGUAUAACCGAUCUAUAGAAGCUUUUAUUGUUAAGAUGGUAACCUUAAAUCUUGCUGAAAGUCUUCUGCGCCUUGAUAUGAA